AUGUCCACUACGCCUCCAACCACCCCUAAUCACGGAUCGCAAACUUCGGACGUGAUCUUACGACGUACCUGUUUCAAAGAAACCAUCGUCUCUGGGCCCUCAUCCGCCGUAUCUGAGAUUCUCGAAGGACCAUUAUUCCAAGCGGAGUCUCGUGAGAACAAAAUAAUUCAAACCGUAACCGAAGACGUGCUCAGCCAGCUCCAAGAAAUUGUUGAGUCCGAAGUUUCAAAGCAGUUAGCGAAAAUGAGGAAGGGAGUCGGACUGGAGGCCAAACCUUUCCCAGCGAUGCCUCUGUUCUCUUGCUCUCCACAGCGGUUCACUUCGAUCCACGACCUUUCGACUAUCGCUGCAGAUGACGCAGAUAAUCCAUGGCAGGACUCCGCAGGACAGAUAGUCCUCGCCGUUAGGAAGGCUGCCUCCGCUCAGGCGGGCGUGGAGGUCGCCUCUGCUGUAGAUGGGGAAUCUCCCACCGCUACCGCUGAGCAGCUCAACCAGAAUUUGGCACCUCCUACCGCCAAACCAUCCCAUGUCCCGGAACAAACCCCGCCAACCUUCCAAGUCUUUGCGGAGAAAUAUAUCCAAAGAGCUCUAGAGGCGCUCUCUAUUCCUACACCCAUCCGAAUUCACGAAGACGGGGAGCCUUCAAGCGUAGGAACUCUCUUCGGCACCAUUGUCCACCGUACCAUCGUCCGACCGAUCAUCAUUUUGGUGGAUACAGUUGCGAAAAACCCAGAGCUAGUGCUAAUUUGCGCUCUUUUUAUGUUCUUGAUUUCAGCUCUGACAACGGUCGGAAUUCUCAAGUACAGGCUUUCUUCUAGUCGGAGAAGCUGGGCGAUGUUUGUGUCAGUCAUGUCGUAGUAGCUUGGUGGCUAAUAUUGGGUGGAGCAAAAUUAAUCGAACUCUACGUUGAACGCGU